AUGGAUCCUGGAAUCGCAGUAGCUAUUAUUGACAAACUUUCCAAGAUCAUAGUGGAGCCGAUAGUCAAGAAAACGUGUCAAGAAAUAGCGCUGGUUUGCAACUUCACGCGGGACUUUGACUGGUUGAAGGAGCUCACAAGUAUACAUGAUUUUCUGGUAGACGUAAAUUUACGGGCUGUACAAGACAAGGGGGUGAAAAGAUGGCUGAACCGAGUUCAGGACGUUGCCUGGGAAGCAGAGGACAUUGUGGAAGAAUGUGCUCUUUGCCCUCUUUAUGCUAGCAAUGUAACUCAGUCUUGUGUUUGCAGUCCUGUGGAAUUAUAUUUCCGCUAUAAAAUGGCAAAAAGAAUUCAGAAAGUCAAAGAGCGGGUCAUAUUUAUCACGAAAGGUGGAGAGCAGCUGAAGCUUUUGGGUGAAUUAGUGUCGGCUCUCUCCGAACAGUCAUCAAGCAAUGCAGAGAGGAAGGAAAAUAGUCUCCUGCCCAGCGAUUCACAGCCUGUAGGGAUUGAGCUCAAGGUUCAGAAGCUUAUCACCGAGAUAGAUGGAUCAACUGUUCCAGUCAUUGCCGUGGUGGGGAUGGGCGGAGCAGGGAAGACAUUUCUUCUCAAAAACGCUUUUAAGAAAAUCAGAGCAAGGUAUACGCAUUCAAUCUGGCUUUCCAUAUCACAGGCAUAUUCUAUUAAAAAAUUGCAGCUUGAUUUAAUGAAAACUUUAAAUGUUGAGGUGAAUGAUGUAAGUGAAGAUUAUGCCGCGCAGCUGAUUCAUGACGCUUUAAGAGGAACGGAAUCUCUCAUCGUGCUGGAUGACGUCUUGAGGGUAGACAGAGAGAAAAAUAUCAUGACAAGCCUUGGUCUACCAGUUGGUCCUGAAAGCCAAUGUAAAGUUGUUGUUACAACAAGAAAUAGGCAAAUUUGCGACAACCUUGGUGCUUUGCCUUACGACAUGGAGCUUUUAUCAGAGCAAGAGAGUUGGAAGCUGUUCUGUGCUCAUGCUUUCCCAGAUGAACCCGUCCCGGAUCAACUUCAAGCGAUAGCUAGUCAAGUUGAAAAGGAAUGCGGGAGGUUACCAUUGGCUCUCAAGAUAACAGGAGCCUCUCUCUCCCGCUGCACGGAGCUGAAAAAGUGGGAAUUUAAAUUGAAUCAGCUCAAGAAGGUUGAUCUUGUGAAGUUUGUUGAUCCUAACUAUGACUUAAUUAUGCACAUUCUCGAAUUGAGCUAUGAUUCCUUGCCUCCACCUCUUAAGGUCUGUUUUUCUUAUUUGUCAUUAAUUCCUGAGGGAUUCAUUUCCCAAGAAGGAGAAUAUCAGUGGGAGGUAGCUUGGCGUUAUUUAGAUCUCUUGGCCAGCCUAUGCUUGCUUGAAGUAGAAGAGGAUGAGCAUCUAGUCAAACAUUGUAAGGUCCAUGACUUGCUGCUCGAUUUAGCAAUUCUUAUAUCUAAAGAACACCAAUGUAAAUUUUCUGUUAAUGAUGCCUUCACAUCCGCGAAAAGAAUUUUACUGCACCAGCAAGAGGCCAUUGUACAAACCAGGGAAUCUUGUCCAAGAUCUCUUCGGACUCUGUCAUUGUAUGAAACUUCCAUUGAGAAAGUUGAGAAAAAGUUUGUCAGUCCUGUGAGAUUAUUAAGGGUUCUCGACUUGAGCAACACUCAGAUCUCCACAUUGCCCCCUUGUGUCGGAAAGCUAAAAAUUCUCAAGCUUCUCAAUUUAUCAUGCACAAAAAUUAAAAAGGUACCAAAAUGUGUGAAAAGUCUUAAGCGUCUUCUCUUUCUUGAUCUGUCUGACUGUGAGCUAGAACGUCUUCCUAAGUGGAUCAAUAAACUCAAAUGUCUCCAGCAUCUCAAUAUAAGUGGUUGCAAUGAUGAUCUGCUGAGUCAUAUGCCCAAAGGAAUUUCAAAGCUGGUGGAUUUGAGGGUACUAAGAUCGAGCCACUUGAGGUUCUGUGCCGAAAAGGAUGGAUUCUUGAAGUUGGAGGAUCUUCCCAAAUUAACCUGUCUUCAAGAUGUAAGCUUAGAAGUUAAUAAGGAAAUGAACAACGGAACCUUUGCUCAGCAACCCUACAUGAGCUAUCUAUCAGUUAAAUCAUCUGGUGCAAUAUCUUCUUUGCCGCCGAAUCUCUCCGACAUGCAGUAUCUACAAACACUUAAACUCGAGAAAUUUGCUGUGCCGAAUUGGCUGUGUGCGCUAACAGAUCUAGCGUAUCUCAAAUUAGAAAAGUGUGACUGUAGCUAUUAUCCGGAAUUUCAAAACUUGCCUAACUUGAAAAAGUUGGUAUUAGAUGGUGAUAACACUUGUACAGAACUACCAAAGGUGUUUGGAAAGCCAUCUGGGUUUCCCAAGCUACGCUUUCUGACAAUUAUGAAUUUCUCUCAUUUGGAGGUGCUGCCAGAUAUGGAGGAUGGAGCAAUGCCCUUCCUGCAGGAGUUCUAUGUAGGAUCUUGUCCGCGAGUGAAGAAAGUUCCAGAGGGUUUAGAAUGGUUGACAAAACUAAAGAAGUUCUACUACACUGAGAUAAACUGGGUUAAGAACAGCAAGUUUGGAAUGAGAUCAAAGCAGAACGAGCGAAAAAUUACAGGAGUUGUUUGCACAAUCAACGGUGUUAUUGACAUAAAUAAAAAUGAUUUUCCAGAUGGCCGUCGAGAUUUGUUUCUUUGGCACAUGGAAAUCGUAAUCAACGCCGAGUACUGGGCAAACCCAUUGACAGUGGCACUGUUUCCGAAAGAUGUUGACAAGGAAGAUGGAAAGAACACGGUAAGAGUUGGAGAGAACGAGAAGACAACAAUGAAAGAAGGAUCACUCUUUCAUUACGGAGAAGUAGAUGGGGCAAUUGGGGAUUACUUCCAGCAUUCCCCCUUAAUCUCUCAACUGGCAUCUGUGAUUUCCAAAUUGUCUCGAUCAUGUAAAGAACUUAUUUUUCCUAAUGCCUUGGUGAAGAUAUCUGCAAAUUGA